AUGGUGAGAGUCUUUCUUCUCUACAAUCUUUUAAACUCAUUUCUUCUCUGUUUGGUUCCCAAGAAGCUCAGAGCUCUCUUCCCACCUUCUUGGUACACCGACGAUAAGAUCACACCACCGUCUGAAUCAGGAUGUAGUUCUUUGAGAACAGACCCGGUGGAUCUAAAAAGAGUGUUUCAGAUGUUUGACAAGAACGGAGACGGCCGCAUCACAAAGGAAGAGCUGAAUGAUUCUUUAGAGAAUCUUGGAAUCUUCAUGCCAGACAAAGAUCUGAUCCAGAUGAUCCAAAAGAUGGAUGCAAAUGGAGAUGGUUGUGUGGACAUAAACGAGUUCGAGUCUCUUUAUGGUUCUAUUGUUGAAGAGAAAGAGGAAGAGGAUAUGAGAGAUGCGUUUAAUGUGUUUGAUCAAGACGGUGAUGGGUUUAUUAGUGUUGAGGAGUUGAAGUCUGUGAUGGCUUCCUUGGGACUCAAGCAAGGUAAAACUUUAAAGUGUUGUAAAGAGAUGAUUAUGAAAGUUGAUGAAGAUGGUGAUGGUAGAGUUAAUUACAAAGAGUUUCUUCAGAUGAUGAAAUCUGGUGGAUUUAGCAAUAGAUCAUAA